CCCCGGGGCCAGGAAGCCCCAGCACCCAGGCAAUGCCCUCCUGGCCCACUGCGGCAUAUGCUACCUCCUCUUACCUCCACGACUCUACUCCCUCCUGGACCCUGUCUCCCUUCCAGGAUGCUGUUUCCUCCUCCUCCUCUUCCUCCGCUGCUUCUUCCUCCUCCUCUACUACUGCUACGCCAGAAACUAGCACCAGCCCCAAAUUUCAUACAACGACAUAUUCCACAGAGCGCUCAGAGCACUUCAAACCCUGCCGAGACAAGGACCUUGCAUACUGCCUCAACGAUGGGGAGUGUUUUGUGAUUGAGACCCUGACUGGAUCCCACAAACACUGUCGGUGCAAAGAAGGCUACCAAGGAGUCCGCUGUGAUCAAUUUCUGCCGAAAACAGAUUCGAUCUUAUCAGAUCCAACAGACCAUUUGGGGAUCGAAUUCAUGGAGAGUGAAGAAGUUUAUCAAAGGCAGGUGCUGUCAUUUUCAUGCAUCGUCUUUGGAAUCGUCAUCGUGGGCGUGUUCUGUGCGGCAUUCUACUUCAAAAGCAAGAAACAAACUAAACAAAUUCAAGAGCAGCUGAAAGAGACACACCAUGGUAAAAACUACAGUCUCAAAGUAUCCAACACCAUGGCAAAAUCAGAGACCUUGGCGAAGAGUCACGUGCAGUUGCAAAAUUAUUCCACGGUGGAAAGGCAUCCUGUGGCGGCAUUGGAGAAAAUGAUGGAUUCCAAUUUUGCUGAACCCCAGCCCUUCCCAGAAGUUCCUUCUUCUGACAGAGGAAGCCAAUCUAGCAAACAUCACAGCAGGGGUCUCUCCUCUUGCUGCAGCCCAGGGUCAAGGAGUGGGAUGCUUCAUAGGAAUGCCUUCAGAAGGACACCCCCUUUGCCUCGAAAUCGGCUGGGUGGAAUCAUGGGACCAGCAUAUCAGCAACUUGAAGAAUCCAGGAUCCCAGACCAGGAUACAAUACCUUGCCAAGGGAUAGAGGUCAGGAAGAUUAUACCCCACCUGCCUAUACAGCUGUGGUGUGUUGAAAGCUCCCUGGACUUAAAGUAUCAAGCCAGUGGUUUAAAACUGCAACACAAUGCAUCAAUCAAUAUGCAACUGCCUUCAAGAGAGACAAACCCUUACUUUCAAAGCCUGGAUCAAAAGGACCUGGUGGGAUGCUCAUCCACACGGGCCAGUUCGGUGCCCAUCAUCCCUUCCGUGGGCCUGGGGGAAACCUGCAUGCACAUGCCAGGGAUUUCAGAAGUCCGAAACAUCAAGUGGUGCACAAACUCCUAUUCCGCAGAGCUGGUCAACGUUAGUGUGCCCGUCAGUGACUGUCUCCGAGCAGAGCCACAAGAAGUGAACACACUGCUAGAAACGGUCCAGGAACAGCUCCGCAAUCUGACCGAUUCCAGGCGGUCAGAAGACUGUGAACGGGCCAGCGUGGAGACUGAGACCAGGGCAAGUGAAAGCGCAGCCUUCCUCCCCCUGAGUCCCACAGCCAAACCAGAUGGCGAGGCACAAUUUGUCUUAAGAAACGAACUACAAAGAGACUCCGCAUCGACCAAGUGACUCGAGAUGUAAUCACCUGUGCAUUCUCUGCUUUGCUCCACAGGAAAGAGAGGAAAUUAAAUACAAAUAAUAUGCAUUAAUUUAAGAGCAUCUACUUAGAAGAAACCAAAUAGUCUCUCGCCCUCAUAUCAUAGUGUUUUUUAACAAAAUAUUUUUUUAAAGGGAAAGAAAUGUUUCAGGAGGGAUAAAGCUUAUGACUAAAGCUUUCUGAUAGAAUUCUGAUUACAAUUUCACUCAGUCCCAACACUGCCCUCUUUGACGUUCAGAUAAUGUGUGGGGGCAAUUCAGACACGCAAUCCCACAGCACCAGUGAUCUCCUAAGAAAGCGCUGGUGACCACACAGUUUCAAAGACAAGCUGUAUCCUGAUAGGGGACGUGCCAGUGAGCAGGGAACUCUUACUAGUGAGCUUGCCAGUCCCAAUCCCUAAAUUUCAAAUUCACCUGAUCGCCUCAUCACAGGUUAUGCCAUGCCAACCAAGGUAGUGUUUCCUAGUUGAUUUUCCCAAAAUGGCACAAAGACUUUGGAAUGCGAAAGAGGAUCUGACAGACAGACAGAGAGAGAAACCGGAGUCAAUCUCCACUACUCCACGUGCCACUUGCCUCUGCUAUUUGAAGAUGUGGGAUCUCAGAGGGCAGUAUGACAUUACGGUAGAAAAAGAGACAAAAACAAACAAACAAAAACAAGAGAACCACAAUGUUGUGUCACUAAAAUCAUGCUAAAAGAAAUGUUUUUCUUGGAGGUGAUUAGGGACUCUAAAGGAACAUUUCUCAAUAUGUGCGUGUGUGUGUGUGUGUGUGUGUGUGUGUGUGAGUGUGUGUUAGCCUAUGAACAUGUGAGCUUGCUUGUGUGAGCACUGAUAUGCUGUGUGCAUAUGUGUGUUCAUCGUACGUGUGAGUGUGCAUGUAUGUGUGUAUUCAGCUUGCUAAAAUUUGUUCUGAGACAUCAGGGAAUAUACUAUUCAGAUAAAGAUUUCCCUUUUAAAUCUGUUCACCUAAAAGGUUUCCAUGAAGUGUAAAGUUCAGUUCGUAAGUUCUGAAACCGAGGCCACUUGCAUGGCUGUGUGUAGGCCACUUUCUGACACGAGUACUCUUCAAAGAAACACUUGGGUUCAUUCAUGAUAUCAGGAGCUCACGGCGAGUUAAUUAAGGAGAUCUGUUUAUUUCGAAUCAUGGGUACUUACACUAGUCACCCAAGUUGACCAAAUUAUCAAAUUGGCAGUAACCAAAUUGCCUUCUCAUCAUCCUCAUUGCUCUUUCUUUUAUAGCAAUUCUACCACGUGCGGACCAAGAUGUUGGCCUCUGUGGUUAGUAUGGAAAUAAUAGAUGGUUGCAAUUACAUACCCCGACUCGUUCAGUUCACAGGAAACCCCUACAAGAACAGUAAAUUGUGUUGUAUGUUCAUUUGGAAUAAAGCAAUAUUUUUACCACGGCUAAGGUGAACUGAAAACUCUCCUGAAGAUUUGUCUGUUUUAUUUACCCUUACUCUUAUUCCAGGAAAUUAGUGUUCACAUAACCAGUCUUUUUCCAGUUCUUGGUGGUGUUGAGUUGUUAUGUUUACACUGUUUUAAAUAAAAAGGCACAGUAUUUGAAAGAA